CAUACGAAUUUGCUCGGUUUUGUCUUCUCUUAAAAACCAGCUUCUUUAAUUAACAUUUACACACUACUACAAUACACUUUAAUAAGAGUCCAAAACCAAAUUCGAAUCCAAGGCAGACCGGAAAAAAUUGCCAAAUUGAAUAGAAGCGACGAAGUUAGCUUCCAAUUCGGUUUAGUCUACUCAAUAACCAAAAGAAAUUAAACCGAACAAACCGACUCUCUCAUUGCUAUAAAGCAACUCAAAAACAAAUUCAUCAGCAUUUCUCUUUGAACAUUUCCUCCAAUCUUAGUCCAAAAGCAAUAAUGGAUUCAGAAAUAGAUGUCGACAACUCUCCAGCUUACCGAGUCUACAAGAGUGGCCGCAUCGAGCGUCUCUCAGGAGAAACAUUCAAACCACCUUCUCCCCUAACCCCCGAAAACGGCGUCGUUUCCAAAGACACACUCUUCUCCCCGGAGCACAACCUCUCCGUCCGCAUAUUCCUCCCGGAGAAAGCCUCCGCCGCCACCGGUGAAAAGCUGCCACUCCUCGUCUACUUCCACGGCGGAGGCUUCGUCAUCGAAACCGCGUUUUCACCGACUUACCAUACCUUCCUCACCACAACCGCCGCCACCGCCGACUGCUUAGCCGUCUCCGUCGACUACCGCCGCGCGCCGGAGUUUCCGAUUCCGGUCCCGUACGAAGACUCGUGGGACGCUCUCAAAUGGGUGCUCUCUCAUAUCUCCGGAGCCGGACCGGAACAGUGGAUAAACAAACACGCCGACUUCGGGAAACUGUUCCUCGCCGGAGACAGCGCCGGCGGAAACAUCUCUCAUCAUCUCGCGACGCGUGCGAAGCGAGAGGGGAUAGACUCGGUCAUCUCCGGCGUCGUCUUGAUCCAUCCCUACUUCUGGGGGAAAGCUCCGGUGGACGAGUUCGAGACGAGAGACGAGAGGAAGAGGAAAGGUGUUGAAGCGCGUUGGAGAGUGGCGAGUCCGAAUAGUGAAGAAGGAGUGGAUGAUCCGUUGUUUAACGUGGUGGGGUCCGAGUCGGUGGAUAUAUCCGGGUUAGGUUGCGGGCGGGUUCUUGUGGUGGUGGCGGGGGAUGACACGUUUGCGAGACAAGGUUUGGGUUACGUGGCGAAGCUGGAGAAGAGUGGGUGGGAAGGGGAAGUUGAGGUGAUGGAGAUUAAAGACGAAGGUCAUGUUCAUCAUUUGAAGAGUCCUGAUACUGAUAAUGCUCGUAAAGUGGUGAACAAAGUUGCAGAGUUUAUUCAAAAGUAAGAUUGUUGUACUAUUGAUUUUAUAUUUUUAUAUGAUGAUUAUGAAUAAAUUUGAUGCUUAUCAGUUUAGUAUUAAACUAUGAGCACUAUACACUAGUUGUUUAGAACAUCCCCAUUAGAGAUUCACUUCCCAAACUCUCA